CCGAGUCCGUCUCCGUCCCAACGGCGGCUCAGUGCCCUUCGAGACCGUCGAGAGUGAACGACUCGCCGCACCGUGGGAUCAGCGUUUCGCCGAUAGUGGAGCUUUUGGCCGCGGUGACUGAGAAACGGGCUUGGGAGAGGGAUUCUCCCAUGACGAUACACGACAUGACAGCGGGCGUCAUGCCUCACCACCUCGCAGCUCGGUCCAGAUUCAUGAUCACCGACAUCCUCGGGGGGCCGCCCAAGCCUUCGCCGAGCCCCGACAGACCCAGGGAUCUCUCCCUUCACUGCAGACAGGAUCCGGAGUCUGACGGACACGAGAGCGGGACCGACUCCGCGGGCAUACCCGCUGAUUCAUCGUCCCUAGGAUCCAACGGCCACAAGGAGGACGAGGGACGUUGCCAGGGUGGCGGGCUCACCAAGAAGCAGAGGAAGGCGAGGACGGCCUUCACGGACCACCAGCUCCAGACCCUGGAGAAGAGCUUCGAGCGGCAGAAGUACCUGAGCGUACAGGACAGAAUGGAACUGGCGGCCAAGCUCAGCCUGAGCGACACUCAGGUCAAAACCUGGUACCAAAACAGAAGGACAAAAUGGAAGAGGCAGACGGCGGUUGGAUUGGAGAUCCUGGCCGAGUCGAACAACCUUAUGGCCUUCCAGCGACUUUACGGAGGUCCGCCGUACGGCGUUUGGCCCUACCCGGGAGGCGGCGCACCCCCUGCUGACCUCUACUACAGGCAGGCAGCGGCAGCAGCUGCAGCGGCCGCGACCCUCCAGAAGCCCCUGGCGUACAGGCUGUAUCCAGGUGUGGCCGGUCCAAGUUCGGCGUUGCCCCCGGGCGCUCUGCCUCCUCUUUCGACUUACUACCAGCCGCCGCCUCCGAGGUCGCCGACACCGCCUCCCUCGCCUCCCGACAGCCGGCCGGACUCGGUCGACAUCGAGGAAUCCGCCCCCGACUCACCCCAGAUUCAAGUCUAGUGACUCAAAACGUAAAACUGUACAUUUAUGAGUGUGCCAAUACCCUUGUACAAUGUUAUCACCAGUGUAUUUGUAAUUUAUUUCUGCACUUUUUUAGCUAUAGAUGUGUACAGUGACACUAUGGUGUUUCCCAUUUUUCUCCCCCCCCCCAAAAAAAA